AUGCCGGCGGUGAGUCAAAAAAUGAAGUUUACCCACUCAAUAUUUUGCGGCAGAGGAGAUGAGCAAGAGAUAGAGCUUGAACACAUGUCCAGGGACGAGGGCAGCCAUUACAGCCUCGUCGGAGCCCCUCUUCCUUCUCUUGGCGCCAGUGCCGCUCGGACCUAUCGCCGACCCAAGCUCCGAUCCUGCAUCAUCUCUCCUUUCAACCCCCGUUACAGAUGCUGGCAGACAUUUCUGGUCCUUUUAGUUUUCUACACUGCAUGGGUUUGCCCCUUUGAAUUUGGAUUCCUUAAUGAAUCCAAGGGUCCUCUUGCCAUAACAGAUAAUGUUGUCAACGGCUUUUUUGCCAUUGACAUUGUUCUGACCUUCUUUGUUGCCUACCUCGACAAAAGUUCUUAUCUGUUUAUCGACAACCCGAAAAUGAUUGCACUGAGAUACGCCAAAACCUGGCUGUUCUUUGAUGUCAUCUCUACCAUCCCUUUUGAACUUGCUCGUAAAGUACUGCCCACACCUCUUCAGACAUAUGGCCUCUUCAACAUGCUGCGUCUUUGGCGUCUCCGUAGAGUCAGUGCUUUGUUUGCAAGAUUGGAAAAGGACAGGAAUUUUAAUUACAUCUGGGUCCGCUGUUCAAAGCUGAUAUGUGUUACAAUGUUCUCAGUGCAUUUUGCCGCCUGCUUUUUUUAUUUUCUUGCUGCAAAUCAUGACAUAAAAACCACAUGGUUUAGCCUAGUUGCUAAUGGCGACCAGAUGCACCUGUGGGGACACUAUGUAACAUCAGUUUACUGGGCCUUGGUUACUUUGUCGACCGUUGGUUAUGGUGAUCUCCAUCCUGUGAAUACAAAGGAGAUGACGUUUGACAUUUUCUAUAUAUUCUACAUUCUUGGACUCAACUCAUAUCUUAUAGGAAACAUGACCAAUAUGGUUGUCCAUCUCACAAGUCGAACGAGGACAUAUAGAGACACCGUUCAAGCUGCCACAGGUUUUGCACAACGGAACCAGUUACCCGUCCGCUUGCAAGAGCAGAUGCUUGCUCAUUUGUUUAUGAAGUACAGAACAGAUUUAGAAGGACUGCAGCAUCAAGAGGUUAUUGAUGCUCUUCCAAAAGCGAUUCGAUCCAGCAUAUCACACCACCUCUUCUAUUCACUUGUCGACAAAGUCUACCUGUUUCAUGGCGUGUCCAAUGACCUACUUUUUCAACUGGUCACAGAAAUGAAAGCUGAGUACUUUCCUCCAAAGGAGGAUGUCAUUUUACAGAAUGAAGCACCAACGGACUUCUAUAUACUCGUUACGGGUGCAGCUGAACUUAUCAUCCAAAAGAAUGGUAUAGAACAGGUUGUUGGUGAGGCAAAGGUAGGAGAUGUGGUUGGAGAGAUAGGCGUGCUAUGUUACAGGCCACAACUAAUUACAGUUCGAACCAAACGAUUGAGCCAGCUUUUACGUCUGAAUCGCACUGCGUUUAUAAAUCUUGCUCAUUCAAAUGUUGGAGAUGGGACAAUAAUCAUGAGUAAUUUUCUUCAGCAUUUGAAGGAAUCAAGUGAUCCAAUAAUGGAGGGAGUUUUGGCGGAAACAGAGGCGAUGCUUGCUCGGGGAAGAAUGGAUUUGCCUAUCAGUCCUUGCUUUGCUGCAAACAGAGACGAUGACCUAUUGCUGCAUCAGUUGCUGAAGAGAGGCUCAGAUCCAAAUGAAGUUGAUAAAAAUGGAAGGACAUCACUGCAUAUUGCCGCAUCUAGAGGCAACGAACAUUGUGUGGUUCUACUUCUUGAAUAUGGGGCUGAUCCUAACAGAAAAGAUUUGAAUGGAAAUAUCCCACUAUGGGAAGCAAUGUUGGGAGGGCAUGAAUCAGUCGUAAAACUUCUCAUAGACAAUGGCGGGGACCUAUCCUGUGCGGACGUAGGGCAGAUGGCAUGCUCUGCUGUGGAGCAAAACAACCUGGAAUUGCUCAAAGAAAUCAUAAGAUAUGGUGGCGAUGUGACGCAGCCCAGAAGCAACGGCACAACAGCACUUCACACGGCUGUAUGCGAUGGAAACACUGAGAUAGUAAAGUUGCUUCUGCAGCAAGGAGCAGAUAUUGAUAAGCCAGAUGUUCAUGGAUGGACCCCCAGGACUUUGGCAGAUCAUCAAGGGCAUGAAGAUAUCGUAGAGAUGUUCCACAACAUCCGAGAGGGCAAAAGACCACUUGUUAUUCCCACGACAAAGAAUGAUGCCAAAACCCUCAGGAAGUUCCCAAGUGAACCAGCGACGUGUGCCCGUCAAGAAGUGACUUGGUUGGAGAAUCAUCCAAGGCCAAGAGCCAACCAUUUUCACAAUUCUUUCUUUGGCAUCAUGUCCGCUGCUGCUAACCGUGAUCAAGCCCAUGCAUCAUCACAAGGCAAUAAUGAUGUUGCAGAGAACCUGAAUGGAUUCGCAGCCAGGAUAGUUCUGAGUUGUCCAGAGAAAGGGGAACACGGUGGGAAGCUCGUGUUUCUGCCCAAGUCCCUUGAAGAACUGAUAGACAUGGGUGUGAAAAAGUUCGACUUUUUGGCCAACAAGAUUUUGACCAGAGAAGGAGCUGAGAUUGAGGAUAUAAGGCUUAUUAGAGAUGGGGAUCAUCUCGUUCUUGCACGUGAUGGAGCUCUUGAGUCAAUGGCAAUACCCCAUGAAGAAGGCAGGUAGAGAUGUACAGAAACCGAAAUAGUUGGUAGAAUUAGAUACUGUUUAAAAAAAAUAAACAAAAUGUUUUUGGAAAAAAAGGAUUCAUCUACCUUUUCCAUAAUUAUAUUCUAUGAGUAAUAGCUGUAAGUAGGCUAAACUGGAUCCAAACAGAGUGUGAUUUGCUGGGCCAGUUUUUGAUCGGUCGC